AUGUACGGCGACAUCGAGGACCUUGUCCUCUCGGGCAAGUUCUUCGCCCCCGCCUCCGCCUCCAACUCCCCCGUCCGUUCACGUUCCCCAUCCCCCGGCCCCGCACCCUGGCCCACUGAAGAUGAUGACUUCGAGUACGACUCAGACCGCGAGCGCCGCGCGACCAUCGAGGCCCACGUCGCCUCUCAGCAGCAGGGUGACUCCAUUGGCAUGGGCCCUGGUCGCACGGGCGUCAAGGGCGUCAUCCGCGACCGCGCCGAGGCGGAGCACCGCGCGCGCGAGCAGCGGGGCGAUGGGGUGCGCGCGCUGGACAAGGCGAUGGAGAAGGCGAGCCUCGGCGGGAAGACGUGGGCGGAGGAGGAGAAGGAGCGGCGUGCGGAGCAGGCGCGGCUCGAGGUGAGGGCGGGCGGGCACGUCAUGGGGAAGCAGAAGGCAGGGCGGUUCGGGCACCUGCGGGAGGUGGGCGUGCGGAGCUACGUGCGGGCAGUGGAGGAGGAGGACAGAACCGUGUGGGUGGUGGUGCACAUCUACGACUCGGCUCGCCAGUCCUUGGAUCGCUGUGCGAUCAUAGAUGACACCCUCACCCGUCUCGCAAUAAACCAUCCGCACACGAAGUUUCUUCGAGCACGCGCGGGAGCGAUCGGCUUCGCAUCAUCCACUUCAACGCCCGGUCUCGCCCAUGCUUCUACGUUCAACCUCUCUCGCUUUCCCAAGCGUGGCCUCAAUGUAUCAAGCAGAUCCCGCAUAGAAGAGAAGGAUGAGUUUUUCGAUGAUGACGACGAGAAGGGCGGAGAAGAUGACAACGAUGAAGUGGAAGAGGACGACGACAACGUGGACACAGACGUUCUCCCAACACUCCUCAUUUAUCGUGGUGGAGAACUCGUUCAUUCAUGGGUCCGGGUGGACUGGGAGGCAAAGCAGGGCAUCGAAGAGCUCCUUAGACGACAUGACAUCCUGACCUCUGCUCGACAUCGCGGUGGUGGCAGUGGCAAGCUUACAUUUUUGGAAGGCGAUGACGACUUUUCGGACGAUGGUGAAGAGCUUGUGUUUGGAAACAGUGACGAUGAGUAG